AUGGUGUCCGUUGGUGCGUGGAGGCGCCGAUCGCCCGACGAAUGCGACGAGCGCACCGAACCCGGUGCAUCCAGUUCGGGAGUGCCACGCGCGCCGCCGAACUGUGCCCGAUGCCGUAACCACCGUCUCAAGGUCGAGCUGAAGGGCCACAAGCGCUAUUGCAAGUACCGGUACUGCACGUGCGAGAAGUGCCGCCUCACGGCUGACAGACAACGCGUGAUGGCAAUGCAGACAGCGCUACGUCGCGCUCAAGCUCAAGACGAAGCGCGGGCGAGAGCACAAGAACUCGGCCAGCAACCGCCCGGUAUCGAGUUGGAGCACCCGGAACCGCCUACAGUGAAGGCACCACGGAGCCCUGUAGUACCAGCACCUCCGCCCCCACACUCGUUGGGCUCCGCCAGUUGCGACUCAGUGCCUGGAUCCCCAGGUGUAUCUCCUUAUGCACCGCCGCCACCAUCAGUGCCGCCACCACCAACCAUGCCUCCACUUCUACCACCGCAACAACCCGCGGUGUCCCUUGAAACACUUGUGGAGAAUUGUCAUAGACUACUAGAAAAAUUUCACUAUUCCUGGGAGAUGAUGCCCCUGGUACUGGUCAUCCUCAACUACGCCGGUAGCGACCUCGACGAGGCGUCACGGAAAAUAGACGAAGGAAAGCUGAUUGUCAACGAGUACGCCAGGAAACACAAUUUGAACAUCUUUGAUGGCCUCGAGCUACGGAACUCAACACGCCCGAAAAUGCUGAGCGAAAUUAAUAAUAUAAGUGGUGUACUAUCGUCGUCGAUGAAGUUGUUUUACGAAUGA